AUGGACGAGUCAAACCCUGCAGCUUUCAACGGCCCGAGUUGGUCUCCAAAUGCUGCCAAUGUCGGCCUUGCGAAACUCUCUCUUCCCAACACCACCGAUCCUCCAUCCGCCUCAAACCCGCCGAGCCAGAAGGUUUGGCUGAUCUUCGGCGCGACAGGCCACAUGGGCCGGUCCGUGACGAAGGCAGCCCUCUCUCACGGCGACAUUGUCAGCGCAGUCGGGCAACUGUUCGAAGACACGCCGUCUUCGAUGGAAAACUGGCACGACGAUCCGGACCGGUAUCUUGGUCUCCUGUGCGACGUGCGCCUCCGAGAAACGGUUGCCACCGUGAUUGAGAAGACGAUGAAGCAGUUCGGCCGCGUCGACAUCAUCGCCAAUUGUGCCGGGUACGGAGUCAUAGGGGCGUGUGAGGACCAAGACGAGCACGAGAUCCGCAAUCAAUUCGAAACCAACUUUAUGGGCACGCUCAACCUCAUCCAACUCUCGUUGCCGUAUUUCCGCAAGCGUCGGGCUGGCCGAUACCUGAUAUUCAGCAGCACGUCCGGCGCAUUGGGAGUGCCGGGCUUGGGACCUUAUUGUGCUACCAAGUACGCGGUCGAGGGACUCAUCGAAAGCAUGCUCUAUGAAGUGGACCAGUUCAGCAUCCGCGUGACGCUGGUCGAGCCAGGCCAUCUGCGCCGCGACGACGUCCAUGUCAUGGACAACGGGCAACGGCUGCCCAUGUUCGGCCACUUCAAGGUGGCCAAGGCCUCGGAGCCGUACAUGGGUAAAGACGCCCCUGCGGCCCACGCCCAACGUGCGCUGCACUGGAUCGGCGACAACCAGCCCACCAGCGUCGUCAAGGCGGCCGAGCUUAUCUGGCAGUUGGGCCACUGUAGCUACCCGCCCUUGAGGUUGCUUUUGGGCAGUUUCGCCGUCGAUAGCAUCAGGGACCGACUAAAGAGCAUCAUUGAGGAGAUUGAGGAUUGGAAACAUCUCAGUUUCCCCCCCUUGGAGGGCCACGAGGAGACCCCUCCCGAAGACGGCGAAGGGGACGGGGGAGAGGAAGACGCCGAUGCAGAAGGCGGCAGAGAUGAUGACGAUGAUGACGAGGACGAGGACGAAGAGGAGAAUGCACCGCCCGAGGGCGACCAAGGAGUUCCUCGUGAGUCUGCAGCAGAUGCCGAUGAUCACUCUAUCAAGAAUGAACAUCGCAUGGACGUGGACGUGGACGUGGACGACUGA